AUGGACUUCUCAUUCUUACGACUCCUCGCCAACACCUCGAGUGACUGGGUAGCUAUGGCUCGAUACAGUUGGCCGCAAGCAUUGCUUACUGUUUCGUCUCUCGCCUUUGCCCAGGAGACAUCAAAUGCAGCAGACGGCCUGGCAACGACAGCGUAUGGCAGCUCCACUGGCUCGGUGGCGUCUGCAACAGUGUCUGGCGCUACCAGUCUCUACUCUGUAGCCUUCACGGUGCCAGCUGCAGCUGACAUUGGGCCGAACAUUCUACCUAACAUCAAAGACCCCAACGCAAAGCAGGCUCAGGCCCUGUGUCCCGGAUACAAGGCCAGAAAUGUGACAAACACCGAGUAUGGCUUCACUGCUACCUUGGGCCUUGCUGGCGAGGCUUGCAAUGUCUAUGGUACCGACAUCGAGACUUUGUCUUUCGAGCUGGAUGUGCAGUCUGCGCAUAGGAUGCGCAUUUCCAUUCAGCCCGCCUAUCUCGACAGCAGCAAUAGCAGCCAGUACCUCCUCAGCGAAGAGAUUGUACCAGAACCUGAGCAAGAACAAGAUGGCCAGACAACAGAUCUGCAAUUCAGCUGGACCAACGAGCCUACGUUUGCAUUCACCGUACUGCGCAAGUCCACUGGAGAUGUGCUCUUUGACACGACGGGAUCAGUCCUCGUCUACGAAAACCAGUUCAUCGAAGUCGUCUCGCAAAUGCCAGAAGAAUACAACAUGUAUGGUAUGGGCGAACGAAUUCAUGGAUUACGAUUGGGCAACAACUUUACAGCGACUUUCUAUGCUGCUGAUGUUGGCGACCCUAUUGACGAGAACAUCUAUGGCGUGCACCCUUUCUACCUGGACACGAGAUACUACGAGGUAGACGAGCAGACUGGAGAGCACACUUUGGUCACAACUCAGAACACGACAUCGGACAACGACUACGUCGGCUACAGUCAUGGUGUCUUCUUGCGAAAUGCACAUGGUAUGGAAGCACUUAUGCUGCCCACAAACUUGACGUGGCGCUCGCUCGGUGGAAGCAUUGACCUGUUCAUCUUUGAUGGUCCGACGCAAGAUGCAGUGACGAAACAAUACCAGCUCGGCGCGAUUGGUCUUCCGGCCAAUCAGCCAUACUGGUCGUUUGGCUUCCACCAAUGCCGAUGGGGAUACAAGAACUGGACCGAGCUCCAAGCUGUGGUCAACACUUACCGCGACUUUGACAUCCCCUUGGAAACAGUCUGGACCGACAUCGAUUACAUGUUCCAGUACCGCGACUUUGAGAACGAUCCUAACACCUUCCCGUACCCAGCCGGCCAGGAAUUCCUCAGUCGACUACAUGCGAAUGGGCAACACUACGUUCCGAUCGUCGACUCUGCCAUCUACAUCCCGAAUCCGAAUAACGCAUCAGACAACUACUCCAUCUACACGGACGGCAAUGACCGUGGCGUGUUCUUGAACAACCCAGACGGCAGUCAGUACAUUGGAUCUGUAUGGCCUGGCUAUACUGUAUUCCCAGACUGGCACGCCGGUGAGGCCGUUCCGUGGUGGACUGACUCCAUGUUGGCACAUCAUAAGAACGUGCCUUGGGAUGGCAUAUGGAUCGAUAUGUCCGAAGUCAGCUCUUUCUGUAUCGGAAGCUGUGGAUCCGGGAAUCUCAGUCUGAACCCCGUGCACCCGCCGUUUGGACUGCCAGGAGAGGAGGGAAGCAAGAUCUUCACAUACCCAGAGGGCUUCAACUUGACCAAUGCGACCGAAGCAUCAGCAGCCGCCUCGCUAUCUUCAUCUCAGGCAUCUGCUGUGGCCGCUGCGACACCAGCCGGUUCUGCCACCACGGCAUAUUUCCAAGCACCUGCCAUCACACCAGAGGUGCGAAAUGUCAAUCAGCCACCGUACGCUAUCAACAAUGUCCAAGGCGACUUGGCUGUACACGCUGUCAGCCCGAACGCGACUCACGUUGACGGCGUCGAAGAGUAUGAUGUUCACAGUCUUUUCGGGCACCAGAUCUUGAAUGCCACCUAUCAAGCCUUGCUUGCAGUCUUCCCAGAGAAGCGACCGUUCAUUAUCGGAAGAAGUACCUUCGCCGGCUCUGGUAAGUAUGCAGGCCACUGGGGUGGUGACAACACGAGUCUGUUUGCGUACAUGUACUUCAGCAUCUCGCAAGCGCUGAACUUUGCGCUCUUCGGUAUCCCGAUGUUCGGCGUCGACACCUGUGGUUUUAAUGGUAACUCAGAUGAGGAGCUGUGCAAUCGAUGGAUGCAGCUGAGCGCUUUCUUCCCUUUCUACAGAAAUCACAACACUCUGUCGGCAAAUUCCCAGGAGGCAUACGUCUGGGCAUCUGUGGCCGAAGCAUCUCGAAAGGCAAUGGCCAUUCGCUACUCGCUUCUGCCAUACAUGUACACCCUCUUCUACCUAGCACACUCCACCGGAAGUAUCGUGAUGCGAGCUCUAUCCUGGGAGUUCCCGAACGACCCAAGCUUGGCUUCACUCGACACCCAAUUCCUCCUUGGCCCGGCCAUUCUAGUCUCACCUGCUCUUGGCCAAGGACAGACUGAAGUUGGCGCAAUCUUCCCUGGUGUGAAGCACGGAGAAGUCUGGUACGACUGGUACACCCAGGAGGCCGUCAAUGCGACAGCAGGCAAGAACAACACAUUAGCAGCUCCACUUGGCCACAUACCUGUGCACAUUCGUGGUGGGUACGUCCUGCCACAGCAAGAGGCUCUUUACACAACUGCAGAGUGCCGUAACAGCUCGUGGAGCCUGAUCGCGGCUCUUGACAAGGACGGCUCUGCUGCAGGUCAAAUCUACCUCGAUGAUGGUGUCAGUGUAUCUCCGCCAUCGACACUACUGGUUGAUUUGACAGCAUCAAACGGCACUUUAUAUGCUUCCUCCCGUGGACUAUACGAGGAUACCAACAGUCUGGCCAACGUGACAGUUCUUGGUGUUCAGAGCGAGCCGAGUUCAGUCAUUCUCAACGGCCAGACAAUCAGCAGUGGCGUUGCUUACAACAGCACGAGCAAAGUGCUUAGCGUGAAUGGCUUGCAGAACGCAACGAGCCAGGGCGCGUGGGCCAGCGACUGGACGUUGAAGUGGUCAUAG